GUGCUUUUGAAAUUUCUCUUCCUCUGGGUGGAAACAUAACAGUUAAAAUAAAACCUGGAUUUUCUUUUCUAAAUACCUGUGCACUGCGUGAAGGAAAAAACCCUCAUUUUUUGGAGAAAAUCAUAGAGCCUGGACAGAAGUUUCAAUUUACCUUUGAUUGUUCCACACCAGAGAAAUAUUGGUCCAUACUUGUGGAGAAAAAUAUUGAUUGUCUGUCAGGUCAAUGUCCUUUUGGAGAUAUUCAGCUUCAGCCUCCAGGGUUGCCACAUCUUAAUAGGACUUUCAUUUGGGAGGCUAAAGCUAACCGAAGAGUUGGACUUGAACUGAAAUUCUCUCCAUGGUUAAGGCAAAUUCUGCCUGGAGACACCUGCCCUGAUCAAAUUAUUUACAACAUUAGCAGUCGUCUGGGAAAAGAUAGAGUCCAAAUUGGAACCUUCUGCAGAAAUGGUUCAGUGUCACGGGUAAAGGCACAAGGUGAUGCUAUUUUGACUCUUCAACUUCCUUGGGAUUCAAAACUCGCAGCCUCUGGAGUUAAGCUUGCAAGUAGAUCAUCCAUACAACGCCUCUGCAUUAUAGAAUCUACAUUUAAAGGCAAAUCAUCAGCAACUUUGAUGUCUGCAAAUUAUCCAUUGGGGUUACCAGAAGAUGAACUCAUGACAUGGCAAUUUGUUCUUCCAUCCAGUUUAAGAGCAGAUAUCAACUUCAUCAAUUAUACAAAACCAAACUGUGAACGGAAAUAUGUGCGGGUGGAAUACUCAUUACCUGAUUAUUCUCCAGAUACUAGAGUCUUAUCCCUAGAUGAUGUGCAACCUGUCAAUAUUCCUGGCAGUUUUAACCUUUCCCUGUAUGGAUGUGACCAAGAUGACUCCUCAGGGCUCCUCAGACUCUUAUUUAAAGUGAUAGUAAAUUACCCUAAAAAUGAAGAGAAUGUAACCUACAAAAUUGAUCUAACACAUGAGAAGACUAAUCUUACAAUUUAUUCGAAAUCAUCAAUGAAUGAAUGUUUGAUCUGUGUUCACUCUAGCAGAAACUGCAGACCAAAUGUGACAUUAGAAUAUGGUGUCACAUAUUUUGCUACCUUCCUGUGUCAAAAUUUGGAUAAUAUAAGGAUAAUUGCUGAGCAAAGUAUAGUUUGCUGGAAUGCCAGAACAUGUGAAAACCUAUUCUUCCAGCUGGCUGUACCUUCUGUUCUUCUCCAGCUGCCAAUUUUAAUUGAGACAUUUACAUGGAAAAUUCAAGCUCUUGAAGCAGUGAAUAUAGAAAUCAGGUCCUCCACCUUGAAACUCAAGCAACAUAUCCCAAACCGGGAUCAAAGGUGCAAUGGAAGUUAUAGUUAUAUUAUUAAUGGCUCCAGUCCAGGAAGGUCAUGGAGUCUUGGUUAUUUUUGUCCUGUUGGAGACAUUGAAAAAAUACAGAUUAAGGAUAACGUCACCUUAACCCUUAAGACAUUUGGCAAGAGGUGGUUCAAUGAGUCUAAUACUCAGAAAGGGGAUCUGAAACUGUUUUUUAAGCCAGUUCUACAAGAAGAUUGCAUUUUCACCCUUAGUCCGGAUCCAAAGACCAAAGUUUAUAUACAGACUCCUAACUGGCUGGAAGGCCUUCUUCCUUUUAUGUCAGUGUAUUGGAAUUUCAGUGUCCCGCCAAAGCAAGUUGCACAGCUGACAUUCUUAAAUGAAAGGAUGGGCAUAACAUGUGAAAAGAGUAGGGCUUUUAUCUACGUUAAAGAACAGAGUGCAAAAGCGGUAGAAACUGUGUGCCGCGAUGAUAAUGUACUUCCGAAGACUUUGAAUUUGAGACAGGAUUUUUGGAUUAAUAUCACUAAUUGUAAACCAUCUGCUAAGCAACAACUUAGUUUGCAAUUCUUGGUGACAUUUCAAAAAAAUUCAGAUGUGACCGUCAUAAUUGGUGUGGUGGCUGGCGGGAUGGCAGUUCUAGCUAUUAUUGGGCUCCUCAUCUGCUGUGUUAAGAAAAAGAGAAAAAACAAAAGAAAAGAAAGUCAUAACCCAGUGAUGGGAGUUUAUAAUACCAAUGUCAACACCUUGUUACCUGAAAGGCAAGGCAUUUUUAAAAAGGAGAGGAAGAAGAAUGAUUCUCAUGUAUAUGCAGUCAUUGAGGAUGUUAUGGUUUAUGGGCACUUGCUUGAUAAUUCUACAAGACCAGAGAUGGCUGAUGUAGGAGUGUACAGGCCCUUUUCUGGACCAGUAAGUAAUAUACCACCUUCCCCACCUCCAAUCAGAAAAAUAUCUAAGAGCUCAGACCUGCAGGAAUCAUCAAACGUGCUUGUAACUAAUAGUGAGAACUAUACCUUUGCACAUCAUGUGCCAGAGAAUAUCCAUAAUGGUGACCUUAAUGUGAGUGGUAAUGGACAUGUGGGCAGCAGAAACAAUGAACAGGGAAAUUCUGCAGACUAGACUUAAUAUCUUGAUGAUCUGUGACUUCUCUGAUUCAAAGGAAAAACUUGUAACUCACUUAUGGAUGUGUUUGAAACCUAUUUAUGUGGUUUAUUUUAUUAAAAUAUAGAUAGCAGAUCUGUUCAUACUCUGGGAAAGAGGUUUCUGAGGAUGUAAUGCCAUACUUUGUUGUAUAGAAUGCAAGAACUUUGAAGUUUGCAGAUUGUUAAACAAAACUAUGAAAUUCUUUUAGCAAAAGAACUCUUAAUCCAAAGAUUGUGCUGGGUAAUGAGUAUUAAAUGCAAGAAUUGUGCUUUUCAUAAAUGAGAUUUUUACUUAUUGUCCUUACACACAUUGUACAUCAUGUAUUUUUUUUAAAUAUUACUUUUUAAUUUUAGCUCUGUGGAAAUAAUUUAGUGAAUUUUAAUCCUCAGUUACAUAUUUCAAAGGGUGGUCAACACUAAGUUUGUAAUGAAAAUAAAAGGACCAUUCUGCAAUUAAUGGAAUCAUUGUUCCAUUGUUACAAAGUAAUGGGUUGUCCUCCUACUUUACUCUAAAGGUAUUCUGAUACGUAGGAAAUAAGCCUCCUGUGAUAUUUCGACUUGAGCUCUAUGUCUCUUUGGUUACUAAGCUAAGAACCAAUAAGAUUUCUUACAUAGAUAUGUACACAUUACCAAUAGUCAGUCUGUGCAUCCAUAUGUCUGCUUUCGAGAAAGGAGGGUACAGAAGUUCCUUUGUAGAAAUAUACUGUUUUGAACAUAUCAUCAGCCUGUAGCAUAGACAUACUAUAGAUUGGCCUAUUGUGAAUUAACCUUUAAUAGUUUGGGUUGAAUACUUGGUUUAGAUAAUGCCCAACUCCAACCAACUCAAGAUAGCAUACAGUAGAACCAACAGAAUAAAAACAGAAUAUAAUAAUCCUAAAAAGAAUUUAAAAAGCAAACAACAAGAACAAAUGGUAGAUUUUCCAAACCUCACCCAUAUAUAAUAGGUAGGGGCCCCAACUAUGCUAACCCAAGACCUGAGAAAUCAGAAUGCAAAAAAGGAACAGGAAAGAUAUAGUUCAGCAGGUUUUAGGUUUUUUUUAAAGUUUACUAUUCUUAUAGAAUGUAUCUUGAAAGAUACUCUUUCCAAACACAAAAUUCUAUCAAUAGAUUUCAAUGAAUGAGAAGAUGUGGGAAAGCAUUUUUACUUCAGCUUGAAUUUAGCAUUUUGAAGUUCUACAUAAGCAACUAACAGCUGCAAAAAACUUCUGCAUUGUUCUAACCCAGGUGGCUCUUGCAAAAUAUAUUUUCCUAGUAAAGUGUAUCUAUGAGACGGUUGUUUUUAGAAGGGAGAAUUAAUAGUCAAAAUGAAUUCCUAGAAUCCAGAAGGAGGUAUGAUUAUACCUUGUAUGUGCAGUGAAGCUUCUGAGAGCACCCCUUCCUCCUGCUUUGGAACAAACAGAUUGUUCCUGAGUUUGGACACUUUCUGGAAUGGCAUGUGCAUUGUAAUGAGCUGACAAAAAGAAUCGAGCAUGCUAAAACUGCCAUGAAAUUGCCACAUUUUCUGAUUGAUCUGUAUGAAAAAUUAAACCAUUUAGAAUAUAUAUUGUACAUCUGUAAUUAUUUCUAUUAUCCUAUUUCAGGGAUUGCAUAUGUUUGAAAAGUUGUCAACUAAACAUUAUAAAACAAUUGUUUUCUUAAUUUAGACAGAAUAUGUGUAAAUAUUUGACCCAUUUUGAAUAUGAAUGGAAGUUUUGAUGUAAGUGUUCCAUAGUCUGAUAACAUGGUGGUUUUUAUAUGUUCCUCUGACAGCUGUUUUAUUUCAUUUGCAUUAAUGCCUACAGUUGAAAUGUUUGUAUAUAUGCAUAUUGUAUAUACUUUAUUGGUUCUUCAAAAUGAAAUAAAAGAAUGUUUACAAGGACAGUUUAAACAAA